GGUGUGGGUGGGGUUCAUGUUAAUUGAUGGUUGUUAACCCACUUGGGGUUCUUGGAAUAUUUAUCAUGUAACUUUUGCAUAAGUGAUGUAGUAAGUAUAUAUUUUUCACUUGUUGGUUUAACCCAGGUUCUAGUAGUGUCUUAUACAGUGAUAAUUGAUUCACAAACAACAAAACAACAAAUCUCAAAGUUUUAACUGCUUUCUUCACUUUGAUUCCCAUUGAUUCCCAUUGUUGGUUGGGAAUUGGGAUUUUCAACACACCUCUCCAUCUAUCUAUCUUUUCGGUGCCGUUCCUUAUUGUUUCACAACAACUUCCUUAGUACUACCAACCAACCAAACAUUGUCAACUUACUAGUUGAAGCUAGCUUUGAUUUGAGCUUUCGAAGAAUAAUUUAUAAAGAUGUUUGGAUUCUCUCGUAAGCACAAGAAGCUUGGAAGAGUGAAGAAGGUUCAGCUUUCUGAUGCCACACAAGGAACUAGAAGUCCUAUUAGGUACCCUAAACGAAAUGGAAACUCAAAUGAUGAUGAAGUUGAAGGUUCGAGCGGUCAUUCGGAGGAAAUUGAUUGUCAAAUUUCAUCUACUGGACCUGAGAUAAGUAAUUGUGCAUCGAGUAGUUCGGAGAAUUGGAUGGUGUUGUCAAUUGCAGGCGAUAAGCCCAUUCCUAGAUCCUAUCAUGCAGCAUGUGUUAUUGAGAAUAAGAUGAUAGUGGUUGGCGGUGAAUCUGGGACUGGAUUGUUAGACGAUGUGCAGGUUCUAAAUUUUGACGCAUUUUCAUGGACCACGGUGUCAUCCAAGCUAUACUUGUCACCGAGUAGUCUACCGCUACAAAUUCCAGCUUGCAAGGGUCAUAGUUUGGUUUCUUGGGGGAAGAAGGCACUCCUCAUUGGAGGGAAAACAGACCCUGGAAGCAACAAAAUAUCUGUAUGGGCGUUUGAUACAGAGACAGAGUGUUGGUCGCUCAUGGAAGCAAAGGGAGACAUACCGAUUGCUCGCAGUGGCCAUACAAUUGUUAGGGCUAACUCUACUUUGAUAUUGUUUGGGGGAGAAGAUUGCAAAAGGAGGAAACUGAAUGAUCUGCAUAUGUUUGAUCUCAAGUCCUUGACAUGGCUUCCACUUCACUGCACGGGAACAGCACCUUCUCCAAGAUGCAACCACGUGGCAUCGCUUUAUGAUGGUAAAAUUCUUUUUAUAUUUGGAGGAGCAUCCAAAUCUAGGACCUUGAAUGACUUGUAUUCACUCGACUUUGAAACGAUGGGAUGGUCAAGAAUAAAGGUGCGUGGUUUUCAUCCAUCACCAAGAGCUGGUUGCUGUGGUGUUUUAUGUGGCGCUAAGUGGUAUAUUACGGGCGGUGGAAGCAGGAAAAAACGACAUGGAGAGACUUUGAUAUAUGAUAUUAAGAAAAGUGAAUGGUUUUUAGAAAUUACAUCACUUCCUUCUUCUAUCACUACCAACAAGGGUUUUAGCCUGGUAGUUGUGCAGCACAAGGAAAAAGACUUUCUUGUUGCAUUUGGGGGAUCCAAAAAAGAGGCAUCAAAUCAGGUGGAAGUGUUGAAAACAGAAAAAAAUGAAUCCACUUCCAGAAGACACCCAACUACGACUACUAUCAAAGGUCCAGGAUCGAUAUUUGAAAAACAUUCAUCAUCCACUCAACUUAGAAAUGACUCCUCCCAACGUUUCAUUGACUCUGUAGUUCGACAAAGUCUAGCAUCUGCAAUUGAACGUGGUUCUGAAAGGAAAUCUCUGUCAGAAUCUCUGUUUAUACAAGAUUCCGGCCCUCUUUCUACCAACACCUCCCUUCACAGUCAAUUUGAUCACGAAGAAGAAUUCAAUGUAGAUGAUAGGAUUGAAAAUCAUUCAGAAGAUGAAAGGUCUUUCCCACAGGCAGCAGAUCACAGAACAAAUCAAAAUAACCCUGGACAUCAGAUGAACACAAGAGGAGCCAAAACCAACAUGGACGAACAGGUUUUGGCAUCUGGAGAUUCGAUUCGAAAUAUAGGUGUUGGAAACACCAUGCUAGAAACUGAUCACGGAUCAUUCCUUGGAAACACUGCUUCAAAUAUAUAUAAUUAUUAUGAAACUAAAGUGUCCUCUUUAAUAAGAAAAUUUAGCGUUCUCGAGGCACAAUUGGCAGCUUCGUUGGCAAACCAAGAAGUUGCCGAGAAAAAUUUAGCGUCUGCUAAUAAAAGUAGGCAAGAAAUGGAUAAAAAAUUUACAGACACAGUAAAGGAGAUUGAAUUACUUAGAGAGAAGCUUGCUGGUGCAGAGUUAGCUCAAGAAGAGGCCAAUAACCUGUCUAACAUUGUCCACUCUGACAAUGUAAGGCUUGAACAUGAUGUGGCUUUCCUCAAGGCUGUUUUAGAUGAUACACAAAAGGAAUUGCACUCGACAAGAGGAGUUCUAGCAGGAGAAAGAGCCCGGGCAUUCCAAUUACAGGUUGAAGUUUUUCAUCUCAAACAAAGACUACAAUCAAUGGAAAAUCGAGCACCUACUCCCCGGAAACCUUUUCAUGUGUAGUGAGGUGUCCUCAAAAAUGAUGAGACAAAGCUCCUAUUAUUACAAGGGAUUUGCAUUUUGAGGGUGGCAUUGAAGACUUUGACAACCACCAAAGAUGCAGUGUUACUACAUUAUUACUAGAGAUGGUCUUUGGUCACAGAUCAAAUGUGACAAAAUUGAAUGUGCAUGCAGAGAUAUGCUUUUAAAACAUUUUAGAUGCAUUGAAAGUUGAAACGGUUAAAUAUUAGUUUUUAGUUUUUUUUUUUUUGAAACAAAUUAGUUUAUAGUUCAUUGUUCUUAACUGCAUCUGUAAAAUUGUGUCAACAAAAAAAAAAAAACUGCAACUAUCAUGUAAUGGCAACUGUAAUUGAAUUGUGAGUAAUCUAUAUUUUGUAAUGGCACUUAA